GGCCUCGGAGACAGAGAACUGCUUCCGGGAGCGCGGAGGAGGUCACAAGUCAUGUGACGACGGCUUUCCGGGGAGACUUGUCUUUGAAACUGUCCCUGAAGUUACGGCGGAGAGAGCACCGCAGCCCAGAAAGCCAGUAACUCGAGCCGCUUCGCUCGGUAUACAGCCGGGGCCCGCAGGGGGCGCGAGCGGUGAGACGGAGAGGGAGAGCACUGGCCUUCCCCUCUCCUUUGGGCCUACAUGUCGGCGACUGGAGGGUGGAGUGGGCUGAGGUAGGGCAUCCCAGCUUCCUUCUGGCUCUUUGGGAACUCCCACCUCGCUUGGGCUUCCCUGGUGCGAGUCCUAGAGCCACGGAUCCUUGCCCGGCCUUGAUGAGAGCCGACUCCGCUUAUUAGGCUGGAGGUGAGAAGAGAGUGAGAAGAAGGUCUUGAGGGGAGAAUCACCAGGAGUUUCUCUUCCAGGAGUGGAGAUUGAUCCUGCGGAAGAAAGGGGUUCGUCAUGGCGGAUGACCUAAAGCGAUUCCUGUAUAAAAAAUUACCAAGUGUUGAAGGGCUCCAUGCUAUUGUUGUGUCAGAUAGAGAUGGAGUCCCCGUUAUUAAAGUGGCCAAUGAUAAUGCUCCAGAGCAUGCUUUGAGACCUGGUUUCUUAUCUACUUUUGCCCUUGCAACAGACCAAGGGAGCAAACUUGGUCUUUCAAAAAAUAAAAGUAUCAUCUGUUACUAUAACACCUACCAGGUGGUUCAAUUCAAUCGUUUACCUUUGGUGGUGAGUUUCAUAGCCAGCAGCAAUGCCAAUACAGGACUCAUUGUCAGCCUAGAAAAGGAACUUGCUCCGUUAUUUGAAGAAUUGAGACAAGUGGUGGAAGUUUCUUAAUCUGGCAGUGGUUUUGACGUAAACCUUUUCAUCAUAACAGACACAAUAUCAAUCCAGCAAUCUUUAGACCACAACAAUACUUGUAUCCAUGUACUCAAGAAAGGGCCCCUUUUCCCACCUUACACUAAAGAAAGAGCCUAUAGUUAUAAUUUAUGGACAGAUUGAUUGUUAUCUUUUCUUGUGUAGGGUCUUUUCUUGACUUAGUGAGAUCUGGGGUUACCACAGAAACGGCUCAUUACAUCACAGCUCCCAUGGAGUUAGUCCAGUCACAGAUAUGCAUGAGAUUCUAUUCAUUGGAUCAGAAUCAAAAUGAUACUUUGAUCCACUUGAGCCAUUAAGUGCUCCCUAUUAUAUAAUAUGCCCAGGCCUGCAGAAUGAAGCAGACCCUUUUUAUUGUGAAUAAUAAUGAGGACAUAUUUUUCUUUAUAUUGUUUUAUUUCUUUGCAUUGAGUGUGAGGAAGAUAAAUGGCUUAGUAAAAGUAAUAAAAUCAGUACAAUCACUAACUUUUCUAUGUAUAUAUUAUUUUGCAAUAUAAGUGAAUAUUACUAAUUGAUUUGAUUCUUUUCAGAGGGUGCUGCUCUUUAAUGAAAAUGAUAGCUAAUGGUUUUUUUCUCCACUCUGCUUUCUAUAACCAAUCAGUGUUUUAAUGUUUGUGUGUUCUUUAUAAAAUUUAGAAGUAAUUCAUUAUUGAAUUCUGUUUCCAGAAUUGGUAUGUAUGUAAACAUGGUAGUACAGCCUUUUUUUUUUUUUUCAUACAUGAGUAUAAAUAAAAUAGUAUUUUUUAAAGUA